GUGUGCAAAUCCGUGUUGUAUCUUCCUCAGCUUUCGUCCUUGGUGGUGACGGUGAGCGCGGAUCUUCGCCCAAGAAAGCCGCUCCGCCAGCACGGCGCUCAGCACCUCCACCAAAUAGGAACAGGGAGGAUGCAGAGGUAGAGAAUGCUUUUGCUUGUGCCUGGUCAGAUACUCUUUUUACAUCAGUUGAGGACGAACGACGGGACAGGUUCUUGUGGUUUCUGUAUCAUUGUCUGUGUGUCGUUGACAACCACCUGGAGCUGAAGGAACUCUUCCGUUGGCCUUCUAACGUGUUUUCUCUCUUUAUGGUCCUCCCUAUUUCUCCUUCACCACUACCUCCAGGGUAACGCCGCAACGGCACGACUUAUUGAGCAAAUGCUAGCUGAGGAAGGUGCGAACUUGGACUCGCAGGCGGCGAUGUUUACCCAUUUCGAGAAGCAACAACGAGUCAAAUCACCCGCCAGCGUAUCUUCGCCGACCUCUUUCGAUCCGUUUUCGGCUCCGAGCUCUCCGGAAUCCGCAGGACCCAGGAGUCCUCCACCUUACACACGAAAUCGCACGUCCUCACCACCGCGAGCAGGCGGACCUCCGAGACGAACAGAAGACAACUUUCAUGAUCAGAGAAGAACUUCUGAAACAGGAGCAGCGCCAAGACAAUCUCAAUCGCAAUUCAUUGGCAACAAUAUCAGGAAUAGUACCACGGGUUGUGGUGCUGGAGCAGGCGUAGAUGGUCAUGGAUCAACGUACUAUGAUAUGCCGAAUCGGAGUGCUUCUGGUGGAGCAGAUAGCACAAGGCGAGCGUCAGCAUCUACUAGACCACCUAGCAAAAACUCUGCGCAAGAACAACGUGCUCAGGAGCGUCGACAAAGUACGAAAACUGACUCCUCAGCCCCCAAGGAUCGGAGCUCCAAAUCUAAGAAAGCGCCGGCGAAGAAGGCACCGCCUCCAGUUGAGAUCGAUCCCGAGGAAGAGAAAAGACAACAGGAGCUUUUAUGACUUGAAUCAGACCCUGUGCCAUCCUGCUAGUUCUGUCCUCUCUCACACAGACAGCCCAAGCGAAUAGUCAAUGCUUCUCUCUCUCACACCUCUUCUCCCUUCAUACUCAGAGAAAAAGCGUCGCCAGAUUCGCGAAGCUGCACGGGCAUGUCAGCUGGCGAAGCUCCAGGGUGGUCAGGAGUCUCCCGCAAAAUCUGCGUCACCGUCUCCGGUCGUGAAACAGCGUGUCAUCGUAGAGAAAGCGCGAUCACCGACACCGAAGGCCGCAAAGGCGGCUCCUUCGAAGGCUUCUGCGGGGGCAAUGAUAUGGGCGCAGGAAUAUCACUACUUAAACUGUCUAUUUUGCGUAAUCGAUGUAUCUGAGACGUACCUGCCUAUCAAUGUAUGUGUUGAACUUCUCCCCUGUCGUCAUGGUGGUUGUAAUACUUGUUUCUGCUCUAAAUUGGCCUACUGACGGACCGCCUUCUACAUCUGCUAAAGCGGCUUCAGCUGCGUCGAAAAAAGAUACGGAGGCGAAAAAUGCGGCUCCCACGGCGAGCGG